GUUGAAAGAGUGAGUAUUCCAUAUUUUUCUCUUAUUUUCAAUUCAAGUAUGUACUGAAGCACCGACCGACCGACAGACACAAGUUUUGGAUCUCAAAUUGUGUCUAGUUUCCAACCAUUUGAAGAGGAUCUAAAAUAGUUCCAAGUUUCUCACCCAACUGGAGAAAAGAAGAGGUUUAAUAUAAGAGUUACUAGAAAAAAUUUCGUCUUUUGUGUUUUCACGAACAAGGCGAUGAUGCGGUACAAAGAGGAGAAAGAGGUUAAAAAGGAAGCUUUCAGGAAGUAUCUGGAGUCAAGUGGAGUUCUUGAUUCACUCACCAAAGUUCUCGUUUCUCUAUAUGAGCAGAAUGACAAGCCUUCCUCUGCUCUAGAAUUCAUUCAACAAAAGCUAGGUGGUCCAUCUGUUUCUGAGUAUGAGAAGCUUCAAGCUGAGAAGUCUGAUCUGCAAAUAAAGUACAAUGAGCUUUUGGCUAAACAUCAAGAAACCCUGAGAGAGUUAGGUGAGGUGAAGAACUUGCAUUCACGAAACUCUUCCAAAGAUGAUGCAGACGAACCUGAGACCCGUGAAGACCAACCCACGACUCUUGUCACUCCUCAACACUAAUUUUUUUCCUUCUUGGUUGUACAUGUAAUUCCCUUUUCUUCCAUCUCCAUCAAUGCCAUUUCGGUUUCCAUUUACGGCAGCAGAAGAAGAAGACAAAAAACGAAGAAAACAAAACCACGCAUACAUGAGCUUUCAGGGCAUAAUGACCAUUUCUUUGUUUGAGUCUCCAAACUUUUAAGUGUUGUUAGUUUUGAAAUGUGUAGAAUGUUAUUAGAAAUGACUAAUAUUCAAAUAUUAGUUUAAAAUUCAAUUAAAAUGAUUUGUAAUUUGAAUAAUAUGAAUAAUAUGAAUAUCAGAUGUUUUGUAAUUA